AGCUCUGUCAGCAAAUAUUCAUUGGAGUUGUCGGAAGGCAGAGGAAUAUUUAAAGAAGAGAUUUCAAUCGACAUUGCAAAGGGGACAGAGACUUUCCAUGUACCAAAGACAUCGCUAAAUGAAUCAGCAGGAAAUACAGUCUACGAUUUCAAAAAGGUAAUAUUUGUUUGUAUUCGUUGAAUAAAAUUAUUUGGGUUGGUAAGGGCGGUGAAGUAUUGAACUCAUUCUUUAAAAAAAAAAAAGGUCCCGUCUCCUGCAUCUUCCCUGUAUUGGAUAGGAGGGGACGUUAAAGAACCUACGCACCUCUAAGAACGUACCUUCCGGUGUUAUAGCCUGGCCUUGUGUCCACAAAUUCCUAAAUUAGGGGUACUUGCAAAAUUUCAUUUAAAGAGAACAUUGUAAACUGUAUUUGGCCAAAGUCCCCGGGGAGGGGCUGUAAAGCGCAUCAGAACAUAUUCAUUUGGAAAAUGCGCCAUAUAAAUACAACUUUAUGAUUAUCACUUAUUCUAAUAACUUCAGUUUAUCUCAGUACAAACUUCAAGGCUGUCAAGUGUGUCAUUUCACUGUAUCUGUGUCCACUUUACUAUUGCUUUUCCCGAAAGUACUGACUAAAGCUGAAUUUUAUUUUUUAUGCAGCAAAUGACAAUGAUUCAUCUAGCUGCAGAAAAGGCUUGCUAUGUGUGGCCAGAUCAGUCAAUAAAACUCCCACAGCCGCUGUUUUAAAGGAAGCUUUAGAGACGGUGAGUGAGAUUGAAUUACUUCUACACCCUGGGUCUUUUACCGUCAGCCUCGCAAUGUUUUGGCGCGUCUGAUUCUUAAUUCUCAUGACUUUUUUUUAUUAUAUAAUCAGCAAACUCCCAGAACAGUUGAAGACUUACCAACCACUUCAACUGAAAAACAAAUGAAGGUUGUGGGACUGCUUGACGAAGGUUCAGUGCUGAGUACUGAAAUGGAGGAUCUGUGUGCAAAUCAGCCAAUUUACGUGGUGGUC